AUGGCAUUCAUACAAGAUACCGUCGCACUCGGUUUGAUCAGAGAUUCAUAUCCGCAAAAAAUCGCCCGUACUAACUCUGAACCCCUCGAGUGGUCGGAUAUGCCCAGGGAGAUGUAUAUGCCGGGAGACUUUGAUGCUCUGUUUGAAUGGGUAAAACUCCAAGAGAUCCCUCACUCUACAGAUCCUACGAGAAAGUUCGACGUUGUACAUGUCCCACGACCAUUCAGUGAACUUUCUCUCCGUCCUCCUUCUCUUCAACGCAUGACGGUCCGCAUAUUCGGCGUGAUUGGAAAUCUCAACCUCAUGGACUUGGGAAACUGGGAUAGGACGGAAGGAGGUGUUCCCAAAGCGAUGAAAUGCGGUAGAAAUGAUUCAAACCUAGACAGUACUCGGUUUUCCGGCUCUUCAGAGACUGCCUAUUGA